AUGUUCAGUCAUUAUCGCCAUAGAGACUAUUCUUGCCAAAAAAAAGAGGUUAUACCAGGCAAAUCUCGCAUAUCACUGACAAUCCUACAGAGGAGAACCGACUGCACAGGGUCGAGUUGCAAUGUGUCAAAAAACUCGUCUUCUAAUGUCACUGUUGCUGUGGCAGUUGCAGUGCCCAUUGGUGCCAUUCUUAUGGUGCUAUCCAUCGUUUUAAUAGUAGUAUAUAGGAGAAGCAAAAAGGAACCUUCUAUGCAGGAUUUAGACCCAAAUUUUGAGGGUGAUUUAUACUAUUUGCCAAAGAUGAAUUCUUCUAUGAAUUCUGCAAACUCAGAGAGCAAUUCUACGGAGAAGAGGUUUAUUUACGGUUCUUAUGACGAUUUUUUGCAGCCAUCAAUGGAAAACUCACAAUCUUUCAAAGAUUAUGUGAAGCGUAUCAAUGAACAUGCCCCCUCAGCUUAUAAUAUUGCUUCACUGGCUUCGCAAAAUAACAGCAAAUUAUCCUUCCCCUCCAAGCAUAUCGACCUUUCAAAUAAGAUUUCUGCCGGAUCAGUAGAAAAUUCUGAGAUGAUGGUUUUACCGCUAUGCUCAAAUAUUGAGCCUGACCCUGGUCAAAGAUGUGAUAGUACAUUGAAUUCUGAUAUAAAUAAAAAGCCCAGUUAUAAUAAUGAUGGUCAGCUUAAAUCGCAUCAUACAAACUAUAGUGGCCUCGAACCGCAAUUUUCGAAGGAGAAGGAAGAAAAUAUUGACAGAAUAACAAGCAUUUAUAACAUUUACUUUGAAAAAAGUAACAGCACAACACGAUCAUCUGUAACAUCUUCGCUACGACGUGAUUCUAAACUGGACAUCUCUACAAAAAAAAGUAUAAAUAUAAACUCUCAAGACAAUCUAAAUGAUACUACAUUAGCCGAGCAGAGUCACUUCGGAAGUACAAUUGUUAAAGAAAUUGAUUCUAAUUUCACUGCUACUGAGGAAUGUGACGAUACAACCGAAUAUCUGCAAGCGCCGCCACCACAGGAGAAUAAGCACAUUGCAUCAUCAAUGUACUCAGAAGUAGCGCCUAGGGACAAAAUAAUCCCUGAACCGUCUCUAUCUCUUGCAGUCCCACCUCCCAAUGCUCUUUCAACGAGAAUUACCUCAUCGAUAUAUUCUGAUACGGCCACUAAGGGCCAUCUUCACUUUUCAAGAGCCCAUCCCCCUGUACAGGUCCCUCUAAAGUGCUUGGGUAGACCAAAUCUUACAUCUGCUCAACAAAAUUCCCUAUAUUUUGUAAACUGCUGUAACCAAAACAAUGGCGACAAUGACUACUACAAUUAUAAUCCCUCACCGUUAGAACAUCCUCAAAAUUAUGAGAAUAUCGGGGAUUUGCCCAUGCCAACCCAGUUCACAUAUUCAGUCUCUUGGCAUUCAUUGACGUCAUUUAAAGGAAGACCAAAACCUCCAAAAACACUAAAACAUGUACCUACAGCCAGGCUUAAUGGGACAGCGUUGAAUCCAAUGGACCAUCCAGAAAUGUUUUACAGUUCGCCUACGAAAAUAUCGUCAGCAAUAUCUUCAACAAAACAACCUUGUGUGCCCUUUCCAUACCAACUGAGACAAAGUGUUGUUAUGACCAACCCAUCAGAUCUUUCAAUGAAACUCCGCUAUAAGCCCGCAGGAUCCUUAAGCAAUUUAAUAAGAGCCCAACAUCCUCCCGGUAACUCAUCGACCACCACAACAUCAUCUUCUCUAUCACAGCCACCGUCAACGUUACCAAACACAAUAAAUUUCCGUGUUAGUGGGUUAUUGGAUGACGCUGAUGUUUUGCAACCUCCUAGUGUGGGAGAGAUCUUACCUUUUAAAGUCUCUACAGAAGAUCUAAGGAGGCAAUUGGGUACAUCCCAUAACUACGAAAUAAUAUCGUAA